UCGGCCGACCAGCAGGCGCGUCGACACGGGCUUAACGCGCUCCCACAAAAUGGCGCGGCUCUCCAUCUAUACAUACUUUCUAACGUUUAUAGCUAUCACAUCGGCAAAUGAUUACUACCAUACACCCAGGAUUGGUUCACAAAAACUUGCUUCGUGCUACAACAACGAUGGACAGCCACAAAGAUGUAUACCGGAAUUCGAAAAUGCUGCUUUUAUGGUACAAAUGGAGGCAACUAAUACAUGUGGUGACAACGGCGUGAAGAUGUAUUGCAUUCAGACGUCGGCCGGUACUUCGACUAGGUCGUGUGACUAUUGCCAACCGGGACAAUUCUCCAGCUACUACCUAACGGACUUACACUACGAGCAGGACAAUCAGACGUGGUGGCAAUCAGAAACCAUGAAAGAAGGCAUACAGUAUCCUAACCAAGUGAAUUUGACACUGCAUUUAGGAAAAGCGUAUGACAUAACUUACGUCCGAAUCGUCUUCUACUCUCCGAGACCGCAAAGUUUUGCAAUCUACAAGAAAUCUGGCGAAGAGUCGGACUGGGAGCCCUACCAGUACUUCAGUGCCUCGUGUCGAGAUACAUAUGGAGUUCUGGAACAGCGAGCAGCUGAAUUGGGAGCUGAGACGAGAGCACUGUGUACAAGCGAAUACUCCGACAUCUCGCCGUUGUCCGGUGGAAAUGUUCUUUUCUCUACACUGGAGGGAAGACCAUCUGCCUACACGUUUGACAACAGUCCUGAACUACAAGAAUGGGUGACGGCUACUGACUUGCGAAUAUCACUGGAUCGAUUAAAUACUUUCGGUGACGAGAUCUUUGGAGACGUACAAGUGUUGCAAUCUUAUUGGUACGCCAUAGCCGACGUGGCUGUCGGCGCACGUUGUAAAUGUAAUGGACAUGCGUCUGUGUGUGACAUGCAAGAGCUGCCUGACGGAACUAGGGCUAGAUAUUGCAGAUGUGAACACAACACUGCUGGUCGUGAAUGUGAGAAGUGUUUGGACUUUUACAAUGAUGCGCCUUGGGGCCGGGCGUCUCCUACAAACGUUCACGAAUGCAAAGCGUGCAACUGCAAUGGGUUCUCGAAUAAGUGCUACUUCGACAAAGAUCUUUACGAACGGACGGGCCACGGCGGUCAUUGUAUCGAAUGUGCUGAAAACAGGGAUGGGGCGAAUUGUGAACGGUGCAAGGAAAAUUUCUUCCAAGGGACAGAAGACAUUUGCAUGCCCUGUAACUGUAACCCCACCGGUUCACGAAGUCUUCAAUGUAAUGCUGAAGGCAAAUGUCAAUGUAAACCUGGCGUCACAGGUGAUAAGUGUGACGUAUGUGCGCCGAACCACUACGAAUUCACGAAUCAGGGAUGCAAGCCAUGUGGUUGUAAUGAGUCUGGUUCCUACGCUAAUACUCCUCAGUGUGACUCUGAAACUGGAGUUUGUCUUUGCAAACAAAAUGUAGAAGGUAGACAAUGUAGAGAAUGUAAACCUGGCUUCUUCAACCUCGAUUUUGUAAAUGAAUUCGGAUGUACACCAUGUUUCUGCUUCGGACACUCCUCGCAGUGUAGUUCCGCUCCAAAAUACCAGGCACAUGAGCUAAGCGCACAUUUUAUAAGAGAUGCAGAGAAGUGGUACGCCGAAGAUAGUGAACAUAAAUCCACACAAUUGAUGUUCAAUGCCAACACACAGAACAUAGCCGUAUCUUCAAAAGUAUCUGAAGUAGUUUACUUUGUGGCAUCGAAUCAAUUCCUUGGCGAUCAAAGACCAUCGUAUAAUCAUGACCUGAAAUUUACUUUACGUCUUGGAGAAAAUAGAGGUUACCCAUCGUCUCAAGAUAUUAUCUUAGAAGGUGCCCGAACUUCAAUAUCCAUGAAUAUUUAUGGUCAAAAUAAUCCGGAGCCUUCUGAUCAGGCACAAGAAUAUAAAUUUAGAUUACAUGAAGAUCCAAGAUAUGGCUGGACGCCGACUCUCUCCAACUUUGAGUUUAUGUCUAUUCUCCAAAAUUUGACAGCUAUUAAAAUCAGGGGAACGUACAAUAAAGGUGGUCAGGGAUAUUUAAUGAAUUUCAAGCUAGAUACCGCAAAGAUUGGUAGAGAAAAGGGUUCAGCGCCUGCAAAUUGGGUGGAGAAAUGUGUGUGCCCAAAAGCAUACGUUGGUGAUUAUUGCGAGGAAUGUGCUCCUGGUUAUAAACACGAACCUGCCAAUGGUGGUCCUUACUCGACGUGUAUUCCUUGUGACUGUAAUGGUCAUGCUCAUAUUUGUGACACAGCAACAGGUUUUUGUAUUUGUAAGCACAAUACAACAGGAAGCAAUUGUGAACUUUGCGCGAAGGGUUUCUAUGGUAACGCCAUAGCUGGCACCCCAGAUGACUGUAAACCCUGCCCUUGUCCCAAAGACAGUGGGUGCAUUCAGUUGAUGGAUCAAAGCAUCGUUUGUACUGACUGUCCGGUCGGUUACGCGGGACCACGUUGCGAGGUUUGCGCUGAUGGACAUUUCGGUGAUCCAAAUGGCCAAUUUGGUCCGCGCCAAGAAUGUGACGAGUGCCAGUGCAACGGUAACGUCGACCCCAAUGCAGUCGGCAACUGCAAUAGAACAACUGGAGUUUGUCUCAAAUGUAUAUAUAAUACUGCUGGCGAACAUUGUGAUAAAUGUUUGAGUGGAUUUUUCGGUGAUGCUCUUGAUCAAAAAAAGAAGGGUGACUGCAAGCCUUGUCAAUGCCAUGAAGCUGGUACACUUGAAAGUGUAGAAGGUCCUCCCCAAUGCGACGGCCUCACCGGUUUCUGUUCCUGUCGGCCGCACGUUGUUGGCAAGAACUGUGAUAAGUGCGAGGAAGGUUAUUACGACAUCAACUCCGGUGAAGGAUGCAAGGCCUGCGAUUGUAACAUGGAAGGCGCGUACAACACAACAUGUCAUCCCGUUACUGGACAAUGUUACUGUAAACCUGGAAUUGACGGUGUUCAUUGUGAUCGCUGCCGAGCUUACCACUAUGGCUUUUCGGGUGAAGGUUGCCGCGACUGUGACUGCGACGAAUGGGGAUCUACCAACUACCAAUGUGACAUGGUUGGGCAGUGCUCCUGCCAGGAAAAUGUCGAAGGCAGAAGAUGCGAUCAAUGUAUGGAAAACAAGAGACGACGAGCUGAUGGUCAAGGCUGUGAAGAUUGUCCGCCUUGCUAUAACCUAGUUCAAGAUGCUGUAAAUCAACAUAGAAAACAGCUUAAGGAACUGGAUGACAUACUAGCGAAAAUAUCUAAAGCUCCAACAGUCGUUGAAAAUGCCGACUUUGAUAACGAGCUUCAGCGUGUGAGGGCAGAAAUCGAAAGACUCGUACAAGAAGCUCAAGCUGAACUUGGUACUGGUCCAGGCACAAGUAUCACGAAUAACUUGGUCGAACUUGCCGACAGACUUGCUGACGUCAGAAACAUGUUAUUUAAGAUCGAAGAUGAAAGCUUUGAGGGUAAUGAAUCAGUGAAAGGAAUAAGAGGUAACGUUUCUAAAGCCGAGGAUACCAUUGAAGCUGCACAAAAAGAAAUCAAUAGUGCCUUAGAGUAUCUUGAUGGGGAAGGUGCGGCUGCUUUGGCAAAGGCUCGUAAUAGAUCAGAUCAGUUCGGCAAACAAUCGGUCGAUAUGUCGGCUUUAGCUAAGGAAUCGCGAUUACUGGCUGAAAAACUGGAAAACGAUGCAAAAAACAUAAGAGAUAUUGCAGAAAAAGCAUUAAACACUUCUUUAGCAGCGAAUUCUAUUGCUAAAGAUGGCAUAACAAAACAAGCCAAUAUAAGCAAUGAGGUGCAAAUCUUGGCUAAUGAACUUAAUGCGGCUACAGGUAAGUUGAGUAGUAUGGCAGAACUAGCUGAACAAGCACUUAAAAGAGCUAAGACUGUGUAUGAUGAAGCGUUGGGAUUAUAUGCUGAAGCGAAUACAACGUUGCUGCCAGAUAUCAAGCUUAAUAAAUUACGUCAGGACUCCAUUGAAAUGAAUAGGACAAUUGAUGAAAAAUCAGCAGAAUUGGAACAACUCAUGGUCGUUACUCAAGAUACCCUCGACGCUUUGGACGAACAAAUACGUAAAGGCAAAGAUCUCUUAGACCAAGGCCACGACAGGCAAGAUGAGUUAUACGACCUUUUAGCUAAUCUAGACGAGUUAAGAGCCCAGGCACAAAAUGAUGUGGAACUCACAAAAGCUACUCUCAAAGACGCUAAUGAGAUUUAUAAAACCCUAAAAGAAUUCAGCGACCAAGUAAAUGAGUCCCGUCAACUAGCUGAACAGGCGGCUCUUGAUGUCCCCGGGGUCCAACAAAAAGUUGCAGAGGCUGAAGAAAGUAUUACCAGCAUCACCGAAGAGCUGACUACAGCUAGUGAUAAGGCUAAAGAAGCCAGAGAUUUAGCCCAGCAGGCACAAAAGGAAUACGCUGGUAAAGCGUCAGAGGCUGCACAUGAAAUACGAAAAGAAGCUUCUAGAUCAAGGGCAGAAGCACUUAAUCUUCGAGAUGAGGCCGACAAACUCUCAACGCGAGUAAAGGGAACUGCAAAACAAAUCGAAGACCUGGAAAAACAAGCAGAAGAGAAUUUACAGCUAACGCGUGAUGCUAAAAUGAAGGUCGGUCAAGCAAACACAGAUGCUAGAGAGGCUGAAAAACAAGUAUCUAAAGGUUUGGAAGAUUUAAAAGUUAUCAUGGACGAGUUACAAAAUUUACCGACAUUAGACGACGCUGCACUUGAUAGGCUUCAGAAAAGUCUCGACAAAGCUGAAAGCGCACUUCGUGAGGUGGACCUGGAUGGAAAAAUAAAAUCAUUAACUGAAGCUAAAAACAACCAUCAAAGAUGGAUGAAACAAUACCAAGAUGAACACGACAAUCUUGGCAAGGAAGUCGACAAUAUAAAGGAUAUUUUGAACCAACUACCCGAUGGUUGUUUUAAAAGGAUCGUUCUAGAACCAACCGAGGGACCAAGUAGACCGGCCAGUUUUAGAUAGAUAAUUCAAUACAGCAUGACAUAUCUUUCCUUUACAUAUUGAUUGAAAAAAAUAUUGUAUCGACA